CCGUUGAUAAAAUCGAAAACGAAGGUAGGUUCACAUAUGGAUUGAUCUGUUUAAUGGCUACUCCAUCUUCCUAUUGCGUCAAAAUCGAUACAUUACGCACCAAAUUCCUACCACUUUCAGUUCAUUCUUCCAUUUGCAAUCGUCGUUCUCCUCUUCAAACCCUAAUUCCACGCCGGUCGUCAAUCAAGCUCCGGCUGAAGCUUUCAACUCACAGUGAUGGAUUCGGAAUUCAUUACAACUCACCGAAGACACUCACCCGGACUCUGGUGGUGAGAGCCGAUGCGAAUCAGCAUCACACUCAUGACCACGAUGCUGCUGUUGAGGUUAGCAAAGACAAUGGUUCAUCAAAAGAGGAUGCGGAUUUAGAGCACAAGCGAAAGUCGGGCCAGUUGGCAAAAAGGGUUGUGUUUGGACUUGGAGUUGGAAUAACCGCUGGUGGAGUGGUACUAAUUGGUGGAUGGGUAUUCUCUGUGACUCUAGCUGCUGUUGUUUUUGCUGGUUCGAGAGAAUAUUUUGAACUGGUUAGAAGUCGUGGAAUUGCUUCUGGAAUGACUCCUCCUCCGCGUUAUGUGUCCCGAGUUUGCUCUGUCAUCUGUGCUCUUAUGCCUUUAUUCACUCUAUACAAGGGUCAAAUCGAUGUUUCUGUGGCUUCAGCUGCUUUUGUUGUUGCCAUGGCAUUACUUCUACAAAGAGGAAAUCCUCGUUUUUCUCAGCUCAGCAGUACAAUAUUUGGCCUGUUUUAUUGUGGAUAUCUUCCUUCUUUUUGGGUUAAGCUUAGAUGUCGUUUGCUAGCACCUGCUUUAAAUAUCGGAGUGGGAGCUACAUGGCCAACACUGUUAGGAGGACAAGCUCAUUGGACGGUCGGUCUUAUAGCUACAUUGAUAUCUAUCAGCAGCAUAGUUGCAGCAGAUACGUUUGCUUUUGCUGGUGGAAAGGCUUUUGGUCGGACACCGCUUACUAGUAUUAGUCCCAAGAAAACAUGGGAGGGAGCUAUUGCAGGUUUAACAGGAUGCAUAGUCACCUCUGUAUUGUUGUCAAAGGUCUUUUCUUGGCCUACAUCUAUGCUCAGUGCAAUCGGUAUGGGAUUUCUGAACUUCUUUGGCUCUCUUUUUGGUGACCUUCUUGAGUCGAUGAUCAAGAGAGAUGCGGGUGUAAAAGAUUCAGGAUCACUCAUCCCUGGUCAUGGUGGAAUACUGGACAGGGUGGAUAGCUAUGUUUUUACGGGUGCACUUGUGUAUGCUUUUGUCCGUAACGUACUCCCCCUUUAUGGAGUUUGAAUACAUCUAAGGUAGCUGCAAACACUCCAAAAUCGUGAGAGGUAUGUCGCAAUGUGUCUACUUUCCCCCUUUGGCAAGUUCGCUACAACGGGCGGAUCCUACAUUGACUUAGUUAUUCUUUUCUACGUUAUUGUGCGAGUUAACAUGGCGCAAUGUGCGUGUGUGGUUCAACAUUUUUGCGUCUAUUUUUUUCCAUGUAACAAGUUCGUCGCAACGCGUGUGUCCUAAAUCGACAUAGUUAUUUUUUUCAUGUUAUAUGUUUCGUUCUUAUA